CAUCAAAGCCACAAUAUACGACUUAAGUGAGCUCUCUAAUAAUGGCUUACAUUUCUCUUUUACCAAAGCCUUUGCUCUCUCUUUUUCUCUUCUCUUGCAUCGCCCAAGCAUUAGUCCCUCUCAAAGAGACAUUCAAGUAUGUCAACGAAGGCGAAUUGGGGCCGUACGUUGUUGAAUACAAUGCCAAUUAUCGCGUUCUAUCUCCCUUCGCCGCCCCGUUUCAACUAUGUUUUUACAACACAACUCCUAAUGCUUACACCCUUGCUUUGCGUAUGGGUCUUCAACGCACCGAAACAAUAUUUCGUUGGGUUUGGGAGGCCAACAGGGGUAACCCAGUUAGUGAAAAUGCGACCCUAACCUUUGGAAAAGACGGGAAUCUUGUCCUUGCGAACGCUGAUGGUCGGAUUGCUUGGCAAACCAAUACUGCCAACAAAGGUGUUGUUGCCUUCAAAUUGCUUCCAAAUGGUAACAUGGUGUUGUAUGACUCUAAAGGUAAGUUUAUUUGGCAAAGCUUUGAUUACCCAACCGACACUCUCUUGGUAGGCCAAUCUCUUCGGCUCAAAGGCCCAAACAAGUUAGUGAGUCGGGCUUCCCAAAUAGUCAAUUCACCUGGGCCUUAUAGCCUUGUCUUUGAGCCGAAAAGAUUUGCUCUUUAUUUUAAAAGCUCAAAUUCUCCUAAACAAUAUGUGUAUUAUGAUUCAACACAAAGGUUUCCUAAACCAAAUGUUGCUGAAGAGUAUGUCACACUCACUACUGAGGUUGAAGCAAAUAAGUCUUAUGUAUAUUUGACUGACCCCAAUGGUGGUAGCCUAGUUUUGGCUGAACCCAAGUAUAAUGCCACCUCAUCAUUUCUUCGAAUCGAUUUGGAUGGAAACUUGAGGAUCUAUACUUACAUUGCCGAUGGUGAGGUUGGUAGUGGUGCAUGGAGGAGCACUCUCAUUGUGUUUGCCAAAGAUUCUUGGGAAACUGAGUGUCAAUUGCCAGCAAAGUGUGGGAAAUUUGGGCUUUGUGAAGAUAGUAAUUGUGUAUCUUGCCCAUUACCGAAUGGGCUAACGGGCUGGACCAAGAACUGUGAGCCCAAGAAGGUAACCUCUUGUGCUGCUAAGGAUUUCUACUAUUACAAAUUGGAAGGAGUUGAUCAUUUCUCAAGCAAGUUCAACAAAGGAGAGUCUAUAAAGCUUGAUGCUUGUAGCAAUAAAUGCACAAAGGAUUGUAAAUGUUUGGGUUACUUCUACAACACGGCGUCGUCUAAGUGCUGGAUUGCUUAUGAUCUCAAAACCCUAACCAAGGUUGGAAACUCUACUCAUUUGGGCUUCAUAAAGGCACCAAAGCAUUGACUAGUUUGAAUUGUGUUUCCUUCUUCAGAACCAAGUUUAUCUUUCUUGUACUCUACAAUAAAAGUUUCUCUGUUUGUGAGAGAAACUAAGUGUGUUUUGUGUUCAUGUAUUCUUCACCUUUGUUUUAUUGUUCUAGCUUGUGGCUCGAAGAAGUAUAUAUGUUUUAGUUAUUUGAAGUAAUCAUAUCUUUAUUGGAGAUCUCA